UUUUAUUUAUUUUGGAUUUAAUUUUUUGCAUAAAAUUAAUAAAUGAGUUCUCUCUUUUUCUUAUAAAUAGGAAAGAGAGAGAGAUAGUGCUAUGUUCAUACCCCCCAAAAAAAAAAAUCUGAACUACAGGUAUUGUUUUGGCUCCCAGAGAGAAGAUUACUGAGAUUUUAACAAGGUUUCCACAUGUACAGUGAUACUUCACUGUUAGCUUCAUCUCCAAGAAUACACCGUUAAUACACCGUUAACUGACGUCAACACAAGAAAAAUAAAACACGCGCCGUUAAAUUUGCCUUUAAGAUGCCUCGUGUUUCAGCGACAUCCCAAGAAAUCUCCCCCCACGGCGGCAACGAGUCACCGACGCUCGGCGAACUGCUAAAAUACUUCGAUGACGGUGACCGGAAAAAACAUUCCGGCGAAGAAGCUUCGUUUCAUCACAUACUUGACCUCGCUUCCCCUGAACUACGACCCGUGCCAUUUCUCUUGUCCUUCAACAAUCUCAGCUACGACGUCAAAGUUCGCCGGCGGUUUAACUUCUCGUCGCCGGCUCCGGUGAAAACUCUGCUUGACGGAGUUUCCGGCGAAGCUUGCAACGGCGAUAUCCUCGCCGUUCUCGGAGCAAGCGGAGCUGGGAAGUCCACCUUGAUAGACGCUUUGGCGGGAAGAGUGAGUAACUUGAGAGGCACGGUAACUCUAAACGGAGAGAAGAUUCUACAAACUCGUCUGCUAAAAGUGAUAUCAGCGUACGUGAUGCAAGACGACCUCUUGUUCCCGAUGCUCACCGUCAAAGAAACCCUAAUGUUCGCUUCCGAGUUUCGUCUCCCAAGAAGCUUGUCCAAGUCGAAGAAAACAGAGCGCGUUGAAACCCUAAUCGACCAGUUAGGGCUUAGAAAUGCGGCUGAUACGAUAAUAGGAGAUGAAGGACACCGUGGAGUCUCCGGCGGAGAGCGGCGGCGUGUUUCGAUCGGGAUCGAUAUUAUCCAUGAUCCUAUUGUCUUGUUCCUCGACGAACCUACUUCAGGGUUGGACUCCACCAACGCGUUUAUGGUGGUGCAGGUUCUUAGACGUAUAGCUAGGAGUGGCAGUAUUGUAAUUAUGUCGAUACAUCAACCUAGCGCUCGAGUCAUAGACUUGCUUGAUCGUCUUAUCAUAUUGUCUCGUGGCAAGAGUGUGUUCAAUGGAUCUCCGACAAGUCUUCCCACAUUCUUGUCGGAUUUCGGACAUCCAGUUCCGGAGAAAGAGAACAUAACCGAGUUCACACUUGACCUAGUUCGAAAGCUCGAAGGAUCUACCGAAGGAGCUAGAGAGUUAGUAGAGUUCAACGAGAAGUGGCAACACAACCAAUCAGCUCGAGCCACGCCAAUGACCACACCUUACCAAGCCUUGUCUUUAAAAGAAUCCAUUACCGCAAGUGUUUCAAGAGGCAAACUAGUCUCCGGCUCGACCAGUUCCAACCCCAUUUCGAUGGAGUCAGUAUCUUCAUACGCAAACUCUCCACUGGUCGAGACGUUCAUCUUAGCCAAACGGUACAUGAAAAACUGGAUGCGUACACCUGAGCUCAUGGGAACACGGAUCGCUACUGUCAUGGUCACUGGUCUUCUCUUAGCUACUGUAUAUUGGAGGCUUGACAAUACUCCAAGAGGUGCACAAGAGAGAAUGUCUUUCGUUGCAUACGGCAUGUCCACAAUGUUCUACGUCUGUGCAGACAGUGUCCCUGCUUUCAUACAAGAGCGGUUCAUUUUCUUGAGAGAGACAACGCGCAACGCCUACAGAACAUCUUCUUAUGUCAUCUCUCACUCUCUUGUAUCAUUGCCUCAGCUACUCGCUCUCUCCAUUGCAUUUGCUGCAACCACGUUCUGGACAGUUGGUUUAAGCGGCGGGUUAGAGAGCUUCUUCUUUUACUGCCUCAUAAUCUACGCAGGCUUUUGGUCUGGAUCAUCUUUUGUCACCUUCGUAUCUGGUUUGGUUCCGAAUGUCAUGAUAAGUUUCAUGAUCACUAUUGCCUAUCUUUCAUACUGUCUACUGAUGGGUGGAUUCUACAUCAACCGGGAUCGGAUACCUAUCUACUGGAUAUGGUUUCAUUACAUUUCAUUGUUGAAGUAUCCCUAUGAAGCUGUCUUGAUCAACGAGUUUGAUGACCCAUUUCGGUGUUUUGUUAGAGGAGUCCAAGUAUUUGAUGGUACGCUUUUGGCGAAAGUGCCUGAAGCGAUGAAGGUUAAGCUCCUAGAUACAAUGAGUGACUCUUUGGGAACAAACAUAACGGAGUCCACAUGCUUGAGAACAGGACCUGACUUACUUUUGCAGCAAGGUAUUUCUCAGUUGAGCAAAUGGGACUGCUUGUGGAUUACGUUAGCUUGGGGUCUCUUCUUUAGGAUAUUGUUUUACUUCUCGUUGUUGUUUGGAAGCAAGAAUAAGAGGACGUGAAGAUAGUCUACACAUUCAAAACAUACUUCUGGUGGCCUUCAAUGCAUCUACCUACCUUUAAAUAUACGUAUUUAAGUGAAGCCUAAGUCUUCUUCUUGUUGUAGCUUUUGUAAUCAAGUUGGAACAUUUAUAACUAUCACAUUUUGUAUUUCUCUUGGAAUAUAAGUUUGUUUUUGUUUUAUGCCUUA